AACCUCUUGGCAGACAAGUCAUUGCUUGGAUCAUCAAGCCUUGCCUAUUUGCAGGUGUGACGCUGUGAUCUUGUCUACACGCACACCAUGUUCUUCCUAACCUACCUCUACUACAAGCUCCUCGCCGUCUUUUUCCGGCGAUAUUUUGCCCGCAAACUCCCCAACGCCAGCCCAGAUGAAGUCCUUCAAAUCAAGUCGCGCGACGCCGGGCGCACGAUCAAAGUCCACUUGUAUCGCAACACAUCGUCUACCACCUCCACCUCCACACCCACACCGGUGUUGGUGAACUUCCAUGGCAGCGGCUUCAUCUUCCCGCAUCACGGCGCGGACGACCCAUUCUGUCGGCAGAUGAGCCGUGAGACCGACCGGACCGUUCUCGAUGUCCAGUACCGCCUCGCGCCCGAGCACCCCUUCCCCGCGGCGCUGAAUGACGCGGAGGAUGUGGUGCGGUGGGUGCUCAGCCAACCGGACAGAUUUGACCUCAACCGCGUGUCCCUCUCCGGGUUCAGCGCCGGCGGGAACUUCGCGCUGGCGGCGUCGGCGAAUCUCUUCCCCCCGGAGACCUUCCACUCCGUGAUCGCGGUCUACCCGGUCGUGGACAUCCAUACGGACCCCAGCCUGAAGGUGCCGCCUGAUACGUCCGGGAAGGCGAUUCCGCUCUUCAUGUCAAAAUUCUUCGACACAUGUUACACGCACGGGGCGUUCGAUACCAGGGAUCCCCGCAUCUCACCGCUCCAUGCGAGCCCGGACCGCUUCCCUGGUCGCGUGAUGAUCGUGACGGCGGCGUGUGAUAGCCUGGCGGUGGAGGCGGAGACCCUCGCCCAGAAAAUCGCCAAGGAGCCCGGCAAAGAGCGCGAGGUGGUGCAAGUGCGUAUGCAAGCUUGCGAGCACGGUUUUGAUAAGCGGGCGUUGCCGGGUUCCGUCCAGUGGGAUGCUAGAGAGAAGACAUACGCAAUGGCUGGGGCGAUGCUAUUGCGUUAGUGAAGGGCGGGAAAAAGUAGCUAGCUAUAUCCGAAAAUCACAGUCCGCGUAGCAGAUUGUUCAUGAUAAGCAUUACAAGACAUAAUUUCAUAAC